UCACUGGUAGCAUAUCCACCCAUCACACUUUGCUAGCAUGGCCUCUCUUCUGCUGGCAAGUACGGCUCGUACAGCUGCGGCCUCGUCCUCGAGACGGCUUGUCGCCUCUUCCUCCUCAGCCCUCGAAAGCCUCCCACUGCUCCUCUCCGCCCUCCCACCCCUUUCCAACAUCCUCCCACCUCUUCCCUCAUCCUCACGCAGCAUCUCCUCUCGCAAUCCCAACUUCUCAAAGGGUUUGACAAAAGUGCAGCGCAAGCGUGGUCAGAUGAAGAAGCGUCUCAAUCUCGAAAAGCACGCCUUACUGGAGCGAGUGCGCGAGGAGACGAAGCCAGAUCCAGUGCUGGGCUACCGGCCGGGGAAUACUCGCGAGGUGGGGACGAACAAUGAGGAUCUAUGGGAGAAUUGCGAGCUCAAGAAGAUUAUCAUAUCCAAUCAAGAUGUUUGGGGUCUGCGUGAAGACUCGAGGGGGAACUUGCAGCCGGUAGAGUCGGAGCUGACAAAGGGGACGGAGGAGGAGAGGGCGGUAGCUGCUUCUCAGGGAGGACCUUUGCGAUUGAACUUCAAUCUCUCCGAUGAGGACCGGAAGCUGCUCUUCCAGGAUCUGCCGGACGUCAACACAAAGGAUCGUCUGACCGUUUCGAUGGCCUUUUCCGAUGCUGGCUCGGGUACCCACGCGGGCAGUAUGGUUGCAGAUGAGAUCAAUCAGCAUCUUGAAGGGAUCGAGAGGCAAGAAGGGCACAGUGUGGACAAGCUGUCUAGGAUGCUGGAUCUGAGGAAUGCCAGCUCAAAGGGAAUCGAUGUGUACAACAAGAGGAGGAUCGUGGAGCAAUUUGGUCAGGGAAUCCAUACAGGAACGGUAGAGACACAAGUCGCCAUCAUGACCUAUCGUCUGCACCGCCUACACGAGCUCCUCUCCACUCCCACCUUUAGGAAGGACGAAGCCUCGAGGAGAUCCAUGGCGAUUCUAACGCACAAGCGAGCCAAGCUACUCAAGUAUCUCAAGAAGAACGAUACGGACAGGUACGUCUCCCUGCUGAGCAGAGUGGGGAUCAAUCGAAGGGCAGUAGAGGGAGAGAUCGUUGUGCCGGGCAGGCCAAAGUUGAUUACGCUUUGAGCUGCGCGGAGACGGGUAGAAUAGAGAUGGCGGGCGGUGGGGCGGUGGGACGCACCUGUGUUGCGAGUGGAUUGUAUACAGAUCGUAGUCUUCAAUGGUCAUAUAUCAAUACAGAAAGGGCGAGCACCGUUCAAAUUCAGCUAC